AUCUUCUUCCGGUUAGAUAAUUUGUCAACUGAAUCCUUAUUAAAAGCACUGUAUCUUUUGAAAUCAGGAUGCGGCUGUCUUGUGAUGUAGAAAUUGGGAACCGCAUUUUGCCUACAUUCAAUAUGUCAAAGAAGGGGAAGUUCAUCCAUGCACAGCUAUCUAUUGGACGUAAACCAGGGGCUGAUGCCAAAGAAGGCAAAGUAUUCUUGCUCAUCUGUACAACCAAAGACUUGAGUGGCACUAAAUACAAGCUGAGAGACAAUGUAGAACAGAUAUUUGGCAGAUUUGUGGCUGAGGGGAAAGCAACAAUCAGGAUAAAGGAGCCAGCACAUGACAUUAUACUCAAAAAGGCAGACUCUAUACAACUCAAAAGUUUCCUGAAUCUAAUCAAACUUGGUUCUCAGGAUAAAAACUUGGACAACAUCACACUAUCAAGCCUAGCCCCAGCUUCUCUGAAAUCUGUGGAAAAACCAAAAAGUCGUAUGACGAUCCUCUCCAAGAAGGACUACCCCCUAACCAGCAACUUUCCCAGCAGUUUAACAUACCUAGCAAUACAGCAAUGUACUCUGAAAAAAUUUGAUUCAAGAAUUUUAAACUUGAAGCAGUUGGUUGUGUUGGAUCUCAGUGACAAUAACAUUGUUAUGUUACCUAGUAAUAUGAACUCAAUGACAUGCUUAGCAGAGUUGAGACUACGCAAUAACCAGAUCUCUGAGGUACCCUUAGGUUUCUGCCAAGGGAACCUACGUAAUACAUUAUGUGUUCUAGACAUCUCGAAAAAUAAACUAAAGAAUCUGAAGCCUAGUUUUUGCUCAUUGACCUCCCUGAUACAGCUAAAGCUUGAUGAGAACUAUUUAACAUGUCUACCUGAAGGUAUUGAGAAGCUGAUUAACCUUCGUACACUGUCAGGGACCAAGAACCACAUUAAGACUCUCCCACCUGGCUUUUCAAGACUUCACCUAGAUCAGCUGGACUUGUUCAAUAACCCAUUCCUUGAGGGAGGACCCUCAACCAUUGUAAACAGAUUGGAAGAUCCUACCUUAAUGGAAAUAGCAGCCAAGAGAAUUAUACAAGACAGAAUUGCAUACACGGAGGAAGACCUGCCACAUCACCUAAUGGCCUAUCUCAGUACUGUUUGCUACUGUAUGUGUGGCAGUCCAUGUUUCCAGUCACGUGUACAGUUCCUUUCCAACCUUGACCUCCACUCUGUGGCUAAAACAGUCAUUAGCCUCAACACUAAUGGCAGAACCUCAGCAGCAGUUCAAUCAUUCCUGUGUUCAAAAAAGUGCCUUAAUAAAUACAUGGCAAACCCUAAUGGUUUCUGGAAGUAAAAGAGCAUUUUCAAGGCAAGCUGACAGUGAGUGGUGUUUCAAGAGCUCCACGCGUAUAGUAAGGAUUUCUGACCUAAGUUAAAAUUGAAUGAAGGUUCAGAUGACAUUUUAUUUUCCUUUCAAUCAGGAAAAAAUCAGGAGCCGAGGUUUUUCAAAGUAAGCGUCCAUGAGUUUAUUAAAUCCUCUAUGACAGGUGAUUUUGAACUUGAUAUUCAACAAUGCAAUACAGCAUUCACCAAAUAAAAUGCAGCUAAAGACUAUUUUUUCAAAAAAAUUGUAUUUAUAUAAUCAACAUGUGUGAACUGUAUAUAUUUCAUUCUCACACCUUAGAACUAUAAAGUCAAAUGCCGCAAACAGUAUUCUAAAUAAUCUCUUUUGCAGUUUUGUUCUGAAGUAUAAGACAUGU